CUUCAUUAAAUAAGGAUGCAUCUUCUCUUUCGAGGUUAUCCGCGUUAGGGUUCGGCAACGCUCCGCCUCUCGCCUCAGGUGAUUAGGAGUUCCUGGUUGGUCUAGUUUCAUAGUCUGUUAUGUCUAGCAAGAAAGAAGAGAAGGGCCAGGCUGCGGCUGACCGGGUUAAAGCAGCAGCCCUCUCAGCUGCAAAGGGUCUUAGUAGGGCUCAAGCUGAGCGGGCUGCUACUGCUGCAGCCAGAAAUGUGAAUGCCUAUGGACAGAAGGAAGAAGGACCGAGCCGAUGGCAGGAAAGAAAGGAAGCAAAGCGCCAAAUGUAUCUAAUGAGCACAGAGAAAGCUGUUAGAUUGGGCGUGAGGAAGGAUUUGAAGUCUUCUGUUUCCUCUGCUGGUGGAGCUUCGCAGUGCCAGAAGUGUUAUCAGUCUGGCCACUGGACCUACGAGUGCAAGAAUGAACGUGUCUAUAUUUCUCGGCCGUCUAGAACUCAGCAGCUGAAGAACCCUAAGUUGAAGAUGACCUUGUCAGUGUCUUGUGAAAUUGAUAACCCUGACAUUGAGAAGGAAGAAAUGGAGGCAAAGCAAGCCGAGGACAUUGGAAGGAAUAGUGGGACGAAGAGCAAAAGGAAGCACCGUUCUAGUACUGAUUCAGAGAAGGACAGCAGCGAGGCUUCUGUGUUUGACUCGGAUAGUGAGUCUUCAGUGACUGGUUCUGAAGAUUCAUCUGGUGAAUCAAGCUCCAGCUACACUUCUUCUGAUUCAGAAGAAAAGAAGCGAAGAAGAAGGAAACAUAAGAAAAGAAGACAUAGAAGGCAUAGUUCAUCCUCUGAUUCUUCUGAGUCUGAAUCUGAAUCUGCUUCAGAUAGUGAUUCUGAUGAUAAGAACAAGAAGAGGAAGAACAAACGACACAGCCGCAGGCGUUAGGGUGAUUUCUCUUUUGUAUUAGUAAACGUCUAUUAGUUAUGCUUUGUGUAAUUGCACUUGAUCUGAUAUUUUCUUGAAUGAUGUUGUAUUUCUUGAACAAAUAUUGAAUGCUUUCGUCUAGUUAGUUAAAUUAAAUAAUUAGUGUGUGUUUGAGGUAAUUAGUUACUGAAUUUCGAGGCCAAGCCAAGCUAUGUAAGAAUAUUUCACGUGUAUUUCGGAUAAUAUUGUGAAAGGAUACUUCAAUUGUUAGUUAAUUAAUUUUGAGUUGGAGCUA